GAUGGUGCCUGCUCUCACGUUUGUGAGGCCGCAGGUGAUCUCUGCGUGAAUGGGGAUUUGUGUCAGUGUGGGCUGGCUGGUAAGUCAGUGGCAUGCGUGUGUGUUUUCACCUAGUGACAAUAGGCUUGUUUGGUAUACAGGAAAUAGAAUGAGGAGGAAGAAGAGACCAGUUCCUGUGGGAAGAGAUGAAGUAUAGCAGAUGAAAGUAGAGGGCAUUUUUUUCGGUGUCCUGACACUGUCUCGGGCCUAGCUGGCAAUGGAUCGAAGAGACAGAGUUCAGCUUCUUCACAUAAUUCUGGUUUUUUGUAUUGUCACGGACCGCAACCAAAGUAUCUCAAGUAAUUUACCUGUGCAUCAGCUCUAUUGACCUGGCCACUGCAGCAAUGGCAUAUUCCCUUGUGGAUUCCAGUCAAGUGUCUACUUUCCUGAUUUCUAUUCUCCUCAUAGUCUACGGCAGUUUCAGGUCUCUUAACAUGGACUUUGAGAAUCAAGACAAAGAGAAAGACAAUAGCAGCGCAGCUGGGUCUUUUAAUGGCAACAGCACCAAUAACAGUAAGGGUAUUCAAACCAUUGAUUCUACCCAGGCGUUGUUCCUGCCGAUCGGAGCGUCUGUGUCUCUCCUAGUAAUGUUCUUCUUCUUCGAUUCAGUUCAAGUUGUCUUCACAAUAUGCACAGCAGUCCUUGCAACAAUAGCUUUUGCUUUCCUUCUGCUCCCGAUGUGCCAGUACUUAACACGGCCUUGUUCACCUCAAAACAAGAUUUCCUUUGGCUGCUGCGGGCGUUUCACUGCUGCUGAGUUGCUCUCAUUUUCUCUGUCUGUGAUGCUUGUCCUUAUCUGGGUCCUAACUGGCCACUGGCUCCUUAUGGAUGCUCUGGCUAUGGGCCUGUGUGUUGCAAUGAUAGCCUUUGUUCGGCUGCCGAGCCUGAAGGUUUCCUGCUUGCUACUCUCUGGGUUACUAAUUUAUGAUGUCUUUUGGGUCUUUUUUUCUGCCUACAUCUUUAACAGCAAUGUUAUGGUGAAAGUGGCCACACAACCAGCUGAUAACCCCCUGGACGUUUUAUCCCGGAAACUUCACCUGGGACCAAAUGUGGGUAGAGAUGUUCCCCGUCUGUCGCUGCCUGGUAAACUUGUAUUUCCAAGUUCCACAGGCAGCCACUUCUCCAUGCUGGGGAUCGGAGACAUUGUGAUGCCAGGUCUUCUGCUCUGCUUUGUUCUGCGUUACGACAACUACAAAAAGCAAGCCAACAGCGAUUCCUGUGGUGCCCCAGGACCAGGGAACAUCUCUGGACGUAUGCAGAAGGUCUCUUACUUUCACUGCACACUUAUUGGAUAUUUUGUAGGUCUAUUAACUGCAACAGUAGCUUCUCGUAUUCACCGGGCAGCCCAGCCUGCCCUGCUCUAUUUGGUACCUUUUACUUUAUUGCCGCUCCUCACCAUGGCCUAUUUAAAGGUAAGACAGGAUUACGUAUUUGCAGCAGGAAGCCCUGGGGUCAGCUGGCAGCGGGUUCCAUGCUCUUGCGCUGGGCGCCAGUUCUCAUGCGGAUGACGCGCGUCCGUAACAGCCCUGGCCCAGAACAAAGGUACCGCUGCUGUCGGGGUGAAUCUUCAUUUUGGAGGACUGAGUAACUGAGAGAUGAGUUCCUGAAAUAUGUACGUGAAGUACCAGUAAUUACAAACUAACCAAAUGCUGAAGAAUUAAAUACUGGUUUAAUUAAAUAAGUGAAUUUGUCCUCGCCCAGCUGGUCAUGAAUGAAUGUGUGCACAAAGGUCGAACGGAGAUUGGAGAGGCAGAUCCUUGUUUACCUCUUUCCAGUCACCUGCUCUGAAAUUUUAAAAUGCAGGGCUGUUGUUGAAAACACACAUCGAGCGCUCUGCAGAGCAGAGUGUAAGAAAGGGCAGAAUUUUCCACCUGCAUAAAUACUUCCUUCCCCAUCAGGAACCCCUUUUAGGUCGAUCUGCUGCAAACAAAGACGUUCUGGCCUGACGGGGCCAGGACUGUCGUACUGUAAUUUGCAGAACAGGUGAAGGAUAGAUUUGCUUUAAGACAUGCUUGCAAUUAUAUGUGCAUUUUAAAAUCUGAAUUCUAAGUGGACUUCAGAGUUUCUGAGGGCAUGGUCCUUCUGCUGUUUUCCUGCCUAGGGCGAUCUACGUCGCAUGUGGUCUGAGCCUUUCCACUCCAAGUCCAGCAGCUCCCGUUUCCUGGAGGUAUGAUGGAACAGACAGGAAGUGACCUGAACUUCUGCCUUGGUCCUUUUCACUUUAACUUGUGGCUUUGUUGUCUCCUAAAGCUGGACUGGCUGGUACUUGGGAAGGUACCAAUUACGGGACUUGUAUGAAGGGACUUUGUAUUAGAAGGAGGAAAAGGAAAAAAAACUAAGACCCUGGAGCUCCGUGUGACUCCGUAUCUCCCUGCAGAUGUGGAAUUGGGGACCCUUUGUGCAACUGCAGCCACUUUCCUCUUUUCCUCGCUCGGAUGGAUUAGUACCAGGCUAUUACCUGUGUGAGAGAGGAAGAGACAGACUUGAAACUGAAAACGACUUGAGGUCGUUCAAAAACUUGUGAACACUAAAAGAAAAAACCGUUAAGCAAACUGAAGCUUCAGAGAACCCUCGUGGACAUUGGGACCAGUUUCCUGCUGGACUUCGGUUUUGAAAAGAACUGAGACAGAAGGUCUUCUGUCACAAUACUGGGGGUUUUUUUUUUUUUUGAUUUAUUAAAUAUUUCCUGUGGUGUGAGGUUACUUAUUAAAUCCACAGACAUUGAGUGACUUCUUGCAGUAUACAUAUAAAAAUUUGUUGUAACAAGUUACAUUUCCACCCAGAUGUCAUGUUGCAGUGAAAAAGGGCACGAUUUUUAUACAUAUAUAUAUACACACAUAUAGAUAUAUAUAUGAAUAAAUAAAAAGGAAAACCUGCUAAGAUCAUGCUAUGUAGCAGACAGGGGCUUGCUGUAAUUUUUAGCAUGUAGAGAAGUUUACGAUGGCUUUCUUGUAUAUGGAUCUACAAUGAGCUGCUGUCCCCCCCCUACAACUGAACCUGCAGUUGAAAAACAAGUGUAGUAUUUGUACUGACUGUACUCCUGGACUUUAGGGGAUAUUCGAUUUUGAUCAAUGUAGCAAACUAGGGAAGAAAAAAGUUCAAACCCAACCUUGGUCGUUUGG